UAGGGUAUGAACCCUAACAUCUCCUUGCGGCGGCGGCGGCGGCUACCUGCAGCAUGCGCAGUGCAACGGCGGCGCAGGCUCGGACAACCAGUGGGCGCGGGCGCGGUUCGGCGAUGCGCAGCCCCGGCCGGUGGGCGCGAGCAGCCUUGGCGUGGCCGGCCCCAACCACGGCACGGCGGCCCGGCCACGGCGGCUUCCCGUGGAGCGGCGGCUAUAGCCCUGGCCCUGGCGGCUCCGGUCCCGGCGUGCCUUCCCGUGGCGCGGCUGCCCACGGUGGCGCGGCGCGCGGGUGCACAGCUCCGAGAGCGCGCGCGGGCAGGCCCCCCGUCCCUGGCUCGCCAACGGGCGGCCCGGCCACGGCUCGACGCCGGUGCGGCCCGGCGGCGCGCAGCCCCGGCCAAGCAGGCGACGGCGAGGCCCCUGGGGCGUGGCUCCACGGGCGCGUGGCCCCGGCGAGGGAAUCCCUGCGCAGGCGCGCGGCCCCGCGACCGGCAGCAGCGCGGACUUACGGCCACGGCACGACGCGAAGGUGCGGCCCAGGCGAUACGCGCGACCUCCCAUCAGUGGUCGGUCCAUCCUAGGCACGGCGGCCCUUGCGUGGAUCUCGGCGAGCGCGCAACAGCCAUGGCGCAACUCAAGCGCAUGUUCGCGUGGCCCCGACCAGCCCAGUGUGGGUUCGUCCCUGGCGGGCGCACGACGCUGGCAUGGUCUCCUGGCCUCUGCUGAAAAACUGCAAGCGCCACAUGGAAUUCUCACGGAGGCAACCAGGAGAUGCCGAACAGAUCAUCAGGGUACAGUUACAGUACACUCCAUGCAUAGGAGUGGGUAGAUCAAGUAGAAAGACCAUCAGAUUCAGGCGAGAUCAACUCCUUCCAGUGGUGUCUUGUUUUGUUUGGGAUCGUGUCCCGUGCUCAUGGCGCUCCCGUGCACAUGUGAGCACUUUUAAUCUGGAUCAUCCCUUCCUCAUCCAACGUCCAGCAGCAAUUUUACAUAAACCCCCUCCCGCCGUAGCUCCUGCACUCUCUGGUUCAUUGUGAUUUGCCCCCGAUGGCCCAGUGGACCGGACCGGACCGAACUAGGCGCCCUACGCUGAUCGCACAACUGAUGGUCUUCCUAUUCGUCCUGCGUGAUGGGCUGAUGGCAGACGGCAGACCUCACCAUGGCAGCCCGCCGCCUCUAGGUCUUCCCACUGUUUGUGUGCGUGAUGGCAGACCUCACCAUUGAGACCUCUCUCGGCGCUGUGGAUGGAGAAGGGAUCGCCGCACCAGCCACCGAGGACGGGGGUGAUGAGAGACAGGUGCAAGGCAUCGAUGUGAUGCACAGUCAGGCCGUGCGUCGCCUCUCCUUCGAAUCUUGGUUGGAACAAUCGCGUAUUACAUUGGGUGAAUCGUCCUCUCAAGGUUUUUGUACACCCAAAAAAAGGCCAUACGUCCCUACAAUGUGUGCGUCAUUCAUACCCAUCUGUGUGGACAGAAGGAAGCCUGUUAUUGGAAUGUCCUUUCAUUCUUGUAAUGACGCAGAGGAGUUCUACAAAUCAUAUGCACAUGAUGGAGGGUUUUCAGUGCGUGUUGGUUCUCAAAAUAAAGCUCUUGGUGAGGUUAUUAACAAGAGAUAUAUGUGUUCAAGGGCUGGUUUUAAGAAGGUGAAAGAGGUCGAUGAUCCCCCUAAAAACCAAAAGAACCACGCACUAACAAGAUGUGGUUGUGAUGCAAACAUGUAUGUCAAGUUGGGCCCGGAUAAGAAGUACCAUAUCACUUCAAUGGUUGAGGAGCAUAAUCAUCCACUUUGCUCGCCUAAUAAGAUUCCUUUUCUUCGAUCAAACCGUGUUGUGAGCCAAAGAGCUAAGAAUACAUUGUUUACAUGCCACAAAGCAAGCAUAGGUACCUCACAGGCAUUCAGAAUCCUACAAGUUAGUGAUGGUGGAUUUGCACCUCUAUAUCAGCUUCAGGACAUUUGCACCUCUAUAUCAGCUUCAGGAACCUGAUAGUCCUCAUCAGUUUUGGAGUCAAUUGUUCCCAUGUUUUUACAUCAGACAUGUUUUCAAUCUGCAUAAGGUGCUGAACCUGCGACACUUAAGGGGACAAAUCUUGAAUCCUCCACCUGAAAUUUUAGAAAUUUCAGGAAAAAAUUGAAGUUA